CCUCCCAAUUUCAACAUCAAAUUGGAAAUUUCCAACUUUAAUAUCUACUCAUAUAAAUAUAAAUACAAUGCAUAAGGUCUUCAUUUUUCCUAAAUUAUAAACAUCAUCACAAAAUUAAUUCACCCACCAAACCAAAUUUCCCAAUUUUUCUUCAUCCUGUUUGGUUACAGUAUGAACGCUACACCAUCACCUUAUUAACUAAUCCCGCUUCCCAAACAAACAAAAAAUGACCAUGGAUCGAAUUUCGCCCACCGAAGCUCCGAUCCGAGACCCGAAAUCGUUCAUCGUCCUCUCUAUCGACUGUCUUAAAGGCAGUUCUAAAGCGGACGAAUGGACCGGCGACAUGCUACAAACCGGAGAUAUAGUUGAACAAAUCAGGAUCGGAUCCGGUUCAUCGUCGCGAUUCGGUUCUUCCUCUCAGUGUUUUGAAGCUCCGUUUAAGAAUGGAAAGAGCGGAGUUCAGAAGAUUCUUCAUAGUUCUUUUAAGAAUAAGGAGACUUCGAUUCUUGUCCGAGUCAGGCGAGGUAAGGACGAGUUUGCUGAGUUGAACGCGUGUAUUGUGCCGGAGUCCGGGUCGAAGAAACAGUAUAUGUUGAGGUCUAUUGCGGAUCCGAAUUACACUGUCGGGUUCAUUGAUCGGUCUGAAGCUGACUGUUUUGAAUUACAAGCUUCAAGAAGCUCGAGAAUAGUUAGUGCACUGUCUAGAGCUACGCUUCAAGAUGGAUAUGUAGCUUAUCCAUGGAUGAAAAGAAUGCAGGAGGUGCUUUCUGUUCCUAAUUCAAGCUGCUUCCUUUCUCUACUUAUUCUUCCUAAAGCGUCCGAUCGAGUUGCUUCUCGCUACAAUGAUUUGGAGGAUACUAUGGCGAGGGCAAAUACGUGGCUGUACGCAUCUCAGGCUUCGGGUGUCCCUGUUGUUUUCAUGAAUAUUCAAACGGAAUCCUUGCUGACGAAGAUAUCUGGCGAGACAGCCUCUGCCACUGUGAAUUCUGGGUCUUUAUCUGAUUUAUCGAAUCUAGCACAUGUCAGUUUGUAUGGAUUUGAGGAUUAUCACGGGGUUGACAUUGGUGUUGUAAGAGCGGUACGUCUCUGGUUUGCUCCUCAAUGCGGAGAGUUUGCCAUAGAAAUUAAAAUAAAAGAAGGCGAUUCAAAGCUUGGGUUUGCCAUAAGUCGCACAGAAGAGGGAUUUAUUUAUGUGUCAUCAGUCAUCGAUGGCGACGAAAACACACCAUCAAUGAGGUCAGGACUCAACAAUCUUUACAAAGAAGCCACAAGGGCCUCAAGAUUGCUGGUUGUCUCAAGAGUAGCAAAUCAAAAAGUUGUUCCCUGGAUGGUUUCUUCAACAGGAGCAAUACGAUGCUAUGAUACCGUUUCACUCAGCCAAAAUCUUUCACUGCACCGGCACGCAAAGGUGCCUAUCCAUAUUCAUGUCUUGUUAUGGGAUCAAGCAGUUGCUACCCCAAGUACAGGCAAUGCUCGGUAUAGGUCAGUCUCUCAUCCCGUCACGCCAAUUCCCGCUGACAUUCAACCGGCUAGACUGUCCAUUGAGAAUCCAGUAUUCCCUUUGCAAUCUGAAACUCAAUUGGCUCGCUAUCCAAAUGAGAAUCAAGUAGCGCCUUUGCCACCAGAAAUUCCGAAUGAGUCGGAUUUUAGGUUGACGAGAGACACAGCUGGAGAAGCCUCCUUUAGAUUCAAUGAUUUUUCAAUUCCAAACAACUGGGUAUAACGUAACAAUUUCUUAUAUUGUAAUUCAUUUGUACAUUAAUCUUUGUGCAUAUUGAAGAUUCAGAAUGGGCAAGUGAGGUUUGAUAGAGUUUCAGGAUAUUCCUGUUGAUUUACAUGAAUAGUUUACUUCAUGAUGCUACUAUAUGAUUGGUUGUCCUAUCUAUACGGUUUGUUUUGUCUUA